AUGAGCAACGAAAUAGAACGUCGCGAUAGUGGUCGAAGCAGUAAACAAGGUGCUUCGCAUCUAUCUCCAUAUGAAUUUACUAAAACUGGUAUUACUGGUGAUCAACGAGAUACGAUGCUUGGAAGUGAACUUCAACUUUUACCGGAAUUAGGUAAAUGCCGUCGUCGUGGUCAUAAAUUACCUCCACGAAAUUUUACAUACGGUGUUACACUUCCUCGUCAUGAUGGUGGUGUGGGUGAAGCUUUGUGUCAUGGACCUGAAAAGGAACGUAAAAUUAAUCCAGAUUUUGAAUUUGUUCGUGAUUAUUCAGCCUUAAAUAAAGCAGCACUUGAAUCUGGUAUGAUAACUGCUAAGGAUCAAGCACGUUUUAGAACUGUACAUGAUAUUCAAAAGAAAGUUCAAGUUCGUGAUGUAUCACAUUCGAAAAAAACACGAAAAUUUGCUGAUGAUAUGGUAUUCGGUAACCCAAAUAGACCAUCAACACCUAUACAGGAAGUUUUACAAAAUCGUUUUCUUAAUAAUUGGCUUGAUUCAAUGCAAAAUAAACAAGCUUCAGCUGAAAAAGAACGUGCUGAUGCUACCAAUGCUUUUAAAGGAAGUUAUCAUACAAAAUCAUCACUUCUUCGACAAGCUAAAAUUCCGGUUGAACCCAAACCAUUAUGGAAAAUGCCAAAAUUUGCUAAUGGUGUAAAUCAAGUUGAUUCAUUCCGAAGUGAAUCUGAACGUCGUCGAGCAUAUAGUGCUAAUUCAUUUGAUUCAAUACCUCGUCAAGGUACAUAUCAUACUGGAAUUUAUAAUGUUCCACGUACCACUGUCAAAACAUAA